AUGAUGGUACAUGUUGUGCACAAGUACCACCAUUAACACGUUUACAAUUUUUAAUUAGUCUUGUAUUAGGUUGUUCAAUAACAAUAUUUAUUAUUUAUAUUGUUUAUCGUGUAAGAUCAGUUUUUAUAUUAAAACGUAAAAGUCAUAUUAUAUUAGACUAUAAUAAACAAAAUCAUCAUCAUGAUGAUGAACAACAAACACAGCAUAAAGAUAAUCAUCAAAUUGCUAAUGGACAUUGUCAUAUAAAUGGAGCAUUUAAUAAAGAUGUUAAUGAAGAUGGUGACGAAGCUGAUCAACAGUUACUUGCACCAACAAUGAAUGGAGAUUGUUCAUCAAAUUAUUCUCGUAGUAAUAAUUCUAACUCAAUAUUAAAUCAAAAUCAUUCAUCAUCUUUAUCCACCGGUUUAAAUCGUUUUCGAUUUUUAAUACCAAAAUUUUUACGUAAUCUACGCAAAAAAUCUUGUGAACAUUUAUUACCACCGUUAUUAUUAACAACAUCUAUAGCAACACAAUCAUCACCUUCAUCAUCAAAUAAUGAAAAUAAUAAUAAUACUUCUUCUUAUCCAUCAAGAUUUUAUAAAAAACAAAAUUCUUUAUUACACUUUCCUUUUACGGAACCGAAAGUACUGCGCACAAGUGUGAAAUAUGCAUUUAUCUUACUGUAUUUCUAUUUGGCUGAUCGUACAGAUUUUUUAAUGAAAGAAAAUUCUCAUUUCUCUCGAAUAUUUUUUCAUGAUAAAUAUUUCAAUAAAACAACAUCAAAUCGUUCAUCACCAAAUCAAACACCAAUAACAACAAGUCCAAAUAUAACAAGCAAAUCAAUAUUUUCUUCAAUACAUAAUAAUGAUUAUGAACAAAUUCAAUCACAUUCAGAUUCUAAUGAUGAAAAUAAUUCUUUAUCAAUCAAUGAAAAUAAUAAUAACAAUAAUAAUAAUAAUAGUUUCUUAAAUAAAGAACAAAUUAAUGAAAUGCGUGGUUGGAUGAUGGUUAUUCUUCUAGCAUAUCAAAUGACUGAUGCAUCAGGAAAAAGUCUUGUUUUAUCAAUGUCCAUACAAUUAUUAAUAAGUGCUUAUUUAUUCUUAUCAGCAUAUAGUCAUUUUCAUUAUUAUUGGACAACAGGAAAUUAUCAAUUUUUACCAUUUAUACGAAUGUUAUUUAAAUAUAAUUUUUUAACAAUAACAUUAUGUUUAUUAAUGAAUAGACAUUAUCAAUCAUAUUAUUAUCCACCAUUGAUCACAUUUUAUUUUUCUUUAAUGUAUUUCAUAUUAGCUUGUAUACCACCGAGAAUAUCUGCAAGUUCAGUCAAAGAGAAACCAAUACAUUUUAUAUAUUUAUUAUUGAAAUUUCUUCUUAUGGGUAUCCUUGUAACCGUCUUAAGUAUGUCAGCAUAUGUAUUCGAAAAAAUUUUUACAUUUCAUUUAUGGAAUAAUCUAUUUACAACUUCAACAAUAACAUCAUCACUUGCUGCUUAUGUUCAACAAUUAGAUCAAUCGGAUUUAUCAUAUAAUGGUCUUCAUCAAUUACAUUCAUUAUUAAUUCAUGAUAAAAGUUCAUUAUAUUAUAAUGAAUAUAAUACUUUACUUGAUUAUAUAUCAGGUAGUGGACAAGGUAUUGUUGGUCCUGUAUCAAUGAAUGGUAUAUCAUUAAAUGAUAAACAAUAUUUAUAUUCAAAUCUUUAUCGUUAUAAUGCGAAUUCAUCAACACAUUUAUAUUAUGAUCGUAAUGGUACAAUAAAUGAUUGGUAUCAUCGUUGGAAUCUUGAUCGUUAUACAGUUUUAUAUGGAAUGUGUUUUGCUUUUUUAAUAUUAUUUAUUGAAAAUUAUGAUACAUAUAGAACUUUAGGAAUAAAACGUAAACAAUAUCAACAAUUAACUGCAAAAUUAAAGACAAUUUUUUGUCUAUUAAGUUUACUGGGGUUAAUUAUUUAUUUUAUUGUUUUAUUUUUAUGUUCAAAUAAAGCAAUAUGUGAUGAAAUACAUCCAUAUAUUGUUAUAUUACCAAUUAUAAGCUAUAUACUAUUACGAAAUAUUCCAACAUUUAUUCGUCAACAUUAUUCACCAUUUUUUGCAUGGUUUGGUAAAAUAUCAUUAGAAUUAUUUGUUGCACAAUAUCAUAUAUGGCUUAUUGCUAAUGGUCAUGGAACAUUAACAGUAAUUCCACGUAUGCCAACAUUAAAUUUAAUUAUAACAACAUUUAUAUUUGUAUGUUGUUGUCAUGAAUUACAUCGUAUAACAAAUAUUUUAACACCUGUUUUUGUACCAAAAGAUUGUAAAUGUUUUAUACGAAAUUGUCUUCUGUAUUUACUUAUUAUUAUUGUUUCAUCGUAUAUGUUUUCAUCAGUUUAA